AUGGCACUGAAUGAUGCUACCAAAACAAAUGGAAACCAUGAAACUCAAAUAACUGUAUACGCUGGAACCCUAGCUUUCCAGGGAAACGACUCUCAAGUUUUGAUGAUUAUAGACAAGCCCGUCACAGAAAUGUUGGAGUCAGUAGGCGCUAAUGCUGAGUUGGUGGCGUUUUGCAAACGGAAAUACGGGGACACCACAAUACUUAUGGAUGUCGAUCUUUCGCUUAUCAUUAGCGUUAUAGAUGCGGUCAGAUACAAGUCCGUAAUGACUGAUCUUGUGCGCUCCACUGUUAUCGACCUCAUCAAACAUGUGUCGAAACGAAUGCGGAAACAAACGCUGGAGAUGGCGUACGCGUUCUUGGGAGAUAUCUUCAGCGAUGAUGUUAUCGCAAACAAUAUAGCAGAUGACACAUUUCUUUGCGAGUUUCAUGAAGGCCUACUAAACGUCAAUGAUAAACUAACACCAGCAAUAGUGGAAGAAAUUCAAAAACGAUGCGGGUUUCCGGGGCAAAAAAUCGAUAAUAGUGAACGUUCAACAACGUGACCAUCCUAUUGAAAAUACUGAGACAUGUAAGAAACGAAUGGCAGACAUAAACACAACACUAUUUGAAGCCAUUCCAACAGAUAAAUGGUCUGUUUCGAAAAGUUCUGGUAAACAUAAAAACGUUAGAGGAAGUAUCGAUUGAUGGUAUAUGUGAGCCAUACAAGUGUUCACUCGUGCAAUAAUAAUAGGAAAAAGGGUGUUUGUUGCUGCGCAACAUAUUUCUUCUUUCAUUUGGAUUGCACCGUGAUUGUUCUUUUUAACUUCGAAGAGUAUACAUAUUAAAUAUUUUAUUAUCAAUCAUUAUAUAUGUACCAUAAAUUGAAGUAAUACUUUCUUGUAAACCAAAUGUUACUAACUGACUUGUUCUCGUCCAAUUAUACACAUAUAUAUAUAUUUAUUAAUAUUUAUAUACAUAUAUAUUGGUAAACAUGAAUACGUUAUCAAUUUAAACAUGCUGUCUGUUAAUCUUAUCACGCCCCUAUGCUUGCUUGAUAUUCCGAUUUGCAAAUAGGCUGUGACCAAUUAUAUUUAAAUCUUUCAUUACUUUGCUCAUGCUUUCGAAAAAGCUUUAUAUUAAAUUAUCAAACUUACACUUUAUGGUAAACUUAUUUAUUAAAAAAAAUGCGAAUUCCAUAUA